UUUUUUUUUUUUUGGUGGUUGGGGGGGGGCGCUGUAUUUAAACCCUUAAAAUGCACUGCUAUCUGCUGAGCGUGCUCCUCACCGUGGAUCUGGCCACCGUGGCUCUCAGCCUGUCUACCUGCAGCACCCUCGACAUGGAUCAGUUCAUGCGCAAGAGGAUCGAGGCGAUCCGGGGGCAGAUCCUGAGCAAGCUGAAGCUCACCAGCCCCCCGGACGAGUACCCCGAGCCCGAGGAGGUGCCCCCGGAGGUCAUCUCCAUCUACAACAGCACCAGGGACCUGCUGCAGGAAAAAGCCAACCACAGAGCCGCCACUUGCGAGAGGGAGAGGAGCGACGAGGAGUAUUACGCCAAAGAAGUCUACAAAAUAGACAUGCAGCCUUUCUACCCCGAAAACGCCAUCCCGCCGAACUAUUACAGCCUCUACUUCCGAAUCGUCAGGUUCGACGUCUCGGCCAUGGAGAAGAACGCCUCCAACCUGGUGAAGGCUGAGUUCAGGGUCUUCCGCCUGCAGAACACCAAGGCCCGCGUCUCAGAGCAGAGGAUAGAGCUCUACCAGGUUUUAAAAUCUAAAGAAUUAUCAUCGCCAGGACAGCGCUAUAUCGACAGCAAAGUAGUUAAAACAAGAGCUGAAGGAGAAUGGUUGUCUUUUGAUGUCACUGAGACUGUACAUGAGUGGCUCCAUCACAGAGACAGGAAUCUUGGAUUUAAGAUAAGCUUACAUUGUCCAUGCUGUACCUUCGUGCCUUCCAAUAAUUACAUCAUCCCAAAUAAAAGUGAGGAGCUUGAAGCAAGAUUUGCAGGUAUUGAUGACUACACAUAUUCCAGUGGUGAUGUGAAAGCUUUAAAGUCCAAUAGGAAAAAAUACAGUGGGAAGACCCCACAUCUUCUGCUAAUGUUGUUACCCUCCUACAGACUUGAGUCGCAACAGCCCAGUCGGCGGAAGAAGCGUGCUCUAGAUGCUGCCUAUUGUUUUAGGAAUGUGCAGGAUAAUUGCUGUCUGCGUCCACUUUAUAUUGACUUCAAGAGGGAUCUUGGCUGGAAAUGGAUUCAUGAACCUAAAGGAUACCAUGCUAAUUUCUGUGCAGGAGCGUGCCCGUAUUUAUGGAGCUCAGAUACUCAGCACAGCAGAGUACUCAGCUUGUAUAACACCAUAAAUCCAGAAGCUUCAGCCUCUCCAUGCUGUGUAUCCCAGGAUUUGGAACCUCUCACCAUCCUCUACUACAUUGGAAAAACACCCAAAAUUGAACAGCUGUCCAACAUGAUUGUAAAGUCUUGCAAGUGCAGCUAAAGGAUAUCUCUGAAACAGCAUGACAUGUGUUUAUCAAAAAAUUUUAAAAAGAUAACCAAGGAAAAAAAGAAAGAGAGUGUGAGAAGGAAAGGAAGAAAAAUAAAAAUCCCGGGUUCAUUUUUUUAAAAGAAAAAAAGAAGAAAAAAAAAGCGGUACUUGUCUGAACUGUUUGAAAGUUUGUUUGUUUUGUUUUUUUUUAAACUGGCAUCUGAAGCAAAACAUUGAAGGCUUUUUCCUACAUUUCACCUACACAUAGUGUGAGAUAGACAAGAAGCAAAGUUAAAGAAAAAAGAAACCUUUUAAAAAAUAAACACUGGAAGAAAUUUGUUAGUGUUACUAUGUGAAAGGAAAAAAACAGGAAAAUCCCAUGAAGUGGAGUUGCUGUAUCUGUCCCAUGCCUUACUUGAUCUCUCUGUAUUGUUAUGCAAUAGGCAUCCUACCCAUUCCUCUUAGCUGUAGAGUUAACAGUGCAUUAUUUAUUUGUGUGUAAAAACUAUCAAAUGAACAUUUCUGUAUCACCAUUGGAAAAAUGGAAACCAGCCAAUGUGGACAAAGUGGAGACCAAAUAAGCUGCCAGAAGUACAUAUAAAGCCUAAAGGAACACAAGCUCAAAAGAAUCAGAAAAGUAAUGGUUAGUUUAGUUCAAUUAAAAUAGAAAUCAGUUAUUACAUUACUGACAAACUCUGCCUUUAAAAUACCUUAUUUUUCAUGCCAUCUGCCUAGAGAGACUUCUUGUAAGGUCUCAAACCCUUCUUUUAAAUACUGAAUAAUUUACUAAUAAAGGACACUCUGUUUCAGUCUCAAAGACAAGUCUAUAAGAUUUUUUUUUUUUACUGUAAAUGAUUUAAAAUGUCAGUUUAGUAAACCAGUGAAAUAUUUAACAUGUACUGGUCUAAUCUUCAGACCUUAAUAUGUUGCUGUAUAGCUAUGCUAUGGGAAUUUUUUUUGUUCUUUUGGUAUAUGUAACCAUACCUAGAGUAUUACAAUAGGUGGGUAGUAAAAGCCAGCUUAAUUGGAAACAUAUCUGUAGAUCUCUAUUUGUAAACUAUUAAAAAAUUACGUACUUUAUGUGUAAUGUGUAAAUUUUCACCAUAUUUUUGUACUCUGUAAUACUGUCAGCUCUCAUGACUUUGAAUUUGAAUUUGGGGCUCUUUUUGAUCACUCAGAAUCAUGUGUUUCCCUCUAGCUGGCCAGUAUGAGUAGAGUCCCUAUAUUUUGACUUGCACUACAAAUACAUGUUUUAUAAUAAUUGCUAUACAUGUGCUUUGUAUAUUGUUCAUCAUUAUGACGUAAGCUACCUGACUCCAUUUGUUUUUCUGUUCCAUAAAAAAGGAUGGAUUAAACCAGUCUCCCCCCCUGCUCCUCCCCUCCUCCUCCAGCUUGGACCGCGCCGCGGUUCGGAUUCCCUCCCCGUUCUCUUUCGGCUGUAGGCGCUCAAACAGGUGGGCAGGGAGCGAAGAGAUGUGCCAGCCUGGCUGAGGCAAGGCAAACCCCUCAGAGAAUGGCAUCCAGCACUGUGCAGGAGGCUGCAGGCAGCAGCUAUACAUAUAUAU